AUAAACUUAGGCUCGAGUUUGCAAUAAUUAGGCUAUCCACUGUUAAGUUAAAUAUUUAACGAUGGGAUAACGAUAUUUCUCACGGCGAGUUGUGGGACAGUGAUCACAUGUCUAUCAGCAAGGGGGAAGGAGAGCGCGCUUGGAAGGGAGAGGUGCCUUUUGGCUGCGCGGUGUAUUGUUGCUAGGGAGCAGCUGGGCUACCAGACAGUGAAAGAUCAAGAGGUCUUCGCAUGGGUUAUUUUAUUUAGAGGUUCUGUUUUCGCCAGACAGUUCUCUGAUUUGCGAGGUGAGCAUCGUGGGGACCAGGUGAAGACGGGUCCCCACCCCCUGCUUCCAAGUUGUCAUUUAUGUGUGGGCCAACGUUAGUGCCAUCCAGGUGUGCCAUGGCCAUUCAUGGCCACCCAUGGAGCUGAAGACUUCAGGGGACCACUCCGGCGCAGUCGCAGGCUCUCCCUUCCCCAACCCGGCCUGACCAUCCACGCCCUGUCAGCAGUGGUGCAUGCUCCCUCUGCCCGUGCCCUACCCGCCUGUGCCCCCCACAAGAAACCCCAGGCCCUGUCUCCCAUCCCCGGCCUCUCGCCCCUGAGAGUGGCCCAUGACCUGCGCCCCCAGUGUCUCUCAGGGAUCCCCCCGAACUGCGUGCUCGCGUCCUCGCCCGGACCCGCCGUCGCACCCCGGCCCCUCUGCACGCGCAGUGCCAGUGCAGGUGCCCGCCGCUGCUCGCCCCGCAGUGCCAGGUAUGCGAGCGUCGCACCCUCAGGUGUGUCCAAGGGCCCAGCCUCGUUCCAGUCUAGUGCCUCCUCAUCUUCCUCCUCCUCCUCCUCCUCUCUCCUCCUCUCGUCACAGUGCCACGGUCCGUGCCCGCUGGAAGCCCAGCGCUCUCUCUGCCAGCUGGACCCGCUGAGGUUCGGAUCGGGCCUGCUAGGCAAGCGGGCCUCCUCCCCGCAGCUGUCCGUCUACCCGACCUGCCCCUCUCCGCCGAAAGCGUCCACAUCUCACCGCGGGGUGGUUGUCGUGGAGACCGCCGAAAAGGCCAGCAUGCCCACCAACCAGUCAUCCCCCUGGAGCAGUGCCAAGCUUAAGGAUGCGGCGAGCGUGGUUAACGGGUUGACGACGCAGCGCCCCAGUAGCGCUGCAGUGCCUUCUUCCCGUGCCCGCGCGCUGUCCAACGACCCCCCCAAGAAGCUGCCCUGUUGUUCCCCUCCAAACCGCUGCAGAGGGGGCGACAAGGGGGAUGGGCGGACGGAGGCGAAGGGCGCAACCCCGCUAGCCACCGUGCCUUCGGAGGAGAAGAGUGGCGGUGUGCUGCUCAGCCGUGUGCAGAAUGGGGCCGAGGGUCCGAGGGCCGCACACAUGCCCCUGCGGGCUCAGAAGGUCAACUCGGAGUUCAAGCUAACGGCCGCCGUUCGCAAGCUCGUGAGGACCAGCAGCGCUCACUCCAGCAGGGCACUAAACGGCUACGCCGCCGGGUCAGCCGGCGCCAUGGCAACCUCCAGAGUGACCUCCCCCAGGAAGACGCUGGCGAAGGUGGAACUGCCACUCCGCAGCCUUACCCAAAGGGAAGGGGAGCCGGCCUGCGUGGCCGUUCAGCACCCCGGUGGCCCCUGCGCCCCCUCCUCCCCCUGCGCCUCCUCUGCCCACCACUGUGCCAUUCCAGGGGAGACGUCUCCAGGGCCGCCUCUCCCUGCACCCUCUGUUUACUCAGUCACCUCUGACCUCUCCGCCAUACACCUGACCAGGAAGGGCGGUGCCCAGGGAUUCCCCGACGAGAGCGUCCCAAUUGGGCAGGAUGCUGCAGAGAACCAGUCUGAGCUGGAGCCCAAAGGUCAGGAGACUGUUGCCAUGCUACAAGAUGGGGAGGAGGAGGAGCUUCCUGAUGAGCUGGAGAACGACUGCAGUGGUGAUGACAAUGAUGGGUCUGACUGCUGCUCCAUGAACACUGAUGGUGCGUUGGACACCCCUGAGGAAGCCCUAAGUGUGGAAGAGCCGAUGUCCACAGAGGUGGAGGAUGAACGGGUGGAGCGGCCAGCCCUGGUCACUAGCCUGUUCCCUCUCUUGCCCCCAACACUCUACUUCAGCAAAGCCAACGAGAAAGUGGAGCUGUUGCCGCUGGAGCAGAGGAAGCUGCUGAAAUGGAGGAUGAGCUCUGUCACACCCAACGUGGUCAAGCACACCAUCGCCAGGUCUCACUUCAAAGUCACCAAGAAGAGCCAUGACUGGCUGGGCUGCUGGGGUCAUCACAUGAAGUCUCCUGGUUUCAAGGCCAUCAGAGAGUACCAGAAGUUGAAUCACUUCCCAGGCUCCUUUCAGAUCGGACGGAAGGACCGUCUGUGGCGGAACCUGUCCAAGAUGCAGACGCGCUUCGGCAAGCGGGAGUUCAACUUUUUCCCACGAUCCUUUGUGCUUCCGCUGGACAUCAAACUGCUGCGCAAGGCCUGGGAGGACGGUGGCGGACGCCAGAAAUGGAUCAUCAAACCGCCUGCAUCUGCCAGAGGAAUCGGGAUCCAGGUGAUUCAUAAGUGGAGUCAGAUGCCCCGCAAGCGCCCUCUGCUGGUACAGAAGUACAUCCAUAAGCCUUACCUGAUCAGCGGGAAUAAGUUUGACCUGCGCAUCUACGUGUACGUGACCUCCUACGACCCGCUCCGAGUCUACAUCUUCAACGACGGCCUUGUGCGCUUCGCCAGCUGCAAAUACUCCUCCUCCAUGAAGAGCCUGGGCAACAAGUUCAUGCACCUCACCAACUACAGUGUCAACAAGAAGAACUCUGAGUACCAGAGCAACAGUGACGACAAGGCCUGCCAGGGUCACAAGUGGGCUCUGAAGGCUCUCUGGCAGUACCUGGGCGCCAAGGGAGUCAACACCACACUCAUCUGGGAGAAGAUCAAAGACAUCGUCAUCAAAACCAUCAUUGCGUCAGAGCCGUACGUAAACACUCUGGUGAAUAUGCACGUGCGAUCGCCCUACAGCUGCCAUGAGCUGUUCGGCUUUGACAUCAUGCUGGACGAGAAACUCAAGCCUUGGGUUCUGGAGGUCAACAUCUCGCCAAGCCUCCACUCCAACACGGCUCUGGAUGUGGCCAUUAAGGGCCAGAUGAUCCGUGACGUGCUGAACCUGGCCGGGUUCGUGCUGCCGCAGAAGGACGAGCUGCUCACCCCGGCCAGCAGCAGCUCCAGCAGCUCCCUCAGCAGUCUCUGUGGAGGAGGCCGGGAACGCUGCAAGCCAGAGCUGUCCACUGACGAGAAAGUCAAGAGGGCCUUCUAUAUGAGUCAGCGCUUCGCCGACCAGGACUUCCUCUCGUCGGUGCUGGACGUGCUGACCCCCGGUGACGUGCGAGUGCUGGCGGGGUCGGAGGAUGAGCUGACACGGCAGGGCGAGUUCCAGCGCAUCUUCCCCUCCCCCACCUCCGCACGCUACCUGCGCUUCUUCGAGAACCCCCGCUACCUCAACAUCCUGCUCAGCCAGUGGGAGCAGAAGAUCUGGCAGAACAGGAGCAAAGGUAUUGGCCUGCUGUGGAAUCUCUGUCAGAAGGGAGUUCACCUGGGCAACCUGUCUGACACAGUCCAUCAUUGGUCUUCAAAGUCCUACACUGGGCACGUGCGGACUGACUUUAACAGUAACCCUACCACCAAGACAGAGCUGACCAGGUCUAGCGUGCUGGUGACCCUGAGCGUGCCUUCCCUAGUGGGCGGGGACGAGGAGGCCUUGGACCGGGAGGUCCAGUCGGUCACCUCCAGCCUGCCUGACAUCAGCGUGCUGGGCUCGGCCAGCGCCAGCCCCACCCCCUCCCUGAGUCCCACCCCCAGCCCCAGCCCCAGCCUGCCCAGCGACUGCCCCCCCUCUGCAGACUACAUGUGAGGUGGGCCAGGGGGAGAGGACAGCGGCAGGGGUGAGGGCAGGCAACGACUGCAGUGUCAAACAGCCGACCACCAGAGGGCGAGCUAAAGCCUUAACUCCUAACGAGUGCCACUGUUGCUUUUUCAAUGAUUCAGGGGAUUCCCAGUAACGAUACGUCGACGGACAAACAAAUACAUACACACUCUCAGGGUUCUGUUAUGGGGUGGGUAUGGAGAGUGUGCCUGGGUGUGUGUGUGUGGGGGGGGGGGGGGGCUUGCUGCAGUGAAGGUAAAGCACACUUACUCUCUCUCCUCCUCUCAUGAGGUGGGGUUUAGUCAUGAGAGAGCAGGGGUCAGGGGUCGGCAGAGAAUCACAGGUUUACAGCCUUAAUGGAAUUACUGGCCAAAUCUUAACAGUCUUGUUAAACGCCUUUUCUAUUACACCGUACUGAAAAGACACAAUAGGUAUUACAGAAGGCUUUGCCACUAGCUUUUUAGAGAUGAGAGUUAAAUAUGGCGUGUGUGUGUGUGUGAGUGUGUGUGUUUGAACACUAGGGGAGAGAGAAUAAUGUCUCUGGACCAGGCAUACACACAGAUAUGCAAAGCCUCUCAUUGGUGGAGGUCAGAGCACACCCCCACCAACUGCCAUGUCUCUUUACAGUAGCAUGAGCCAAUCAUCUUCCUCUCUGUGGUUUGUUUACAUUGGAGCUCCGCCCACACAGGGUUCUGGAUCUCUGGCCAUUUGGGCAUCUCCUUAAAAAACGCAAAAUAUUUAUAUUUUGUCAUUUUAUUCCUGUUUGUUGGGAAAGGGAAAUGAUUAAUUUAGAUUGAACAAGUAAUAAUAAAAAAAUGUAAGAAUUGCAGUAUGGCUUUUUAUCAUUUUUAUCUUGCUGGAAUUGCAGUCUUCUGAUGGAACUAGAUAAUUGCUGCUGCAUUGUAGAGUUUUCACAUUAAAAUUGGUUUCAAAAUAGA